UGCACAAUGUCUAUAUGCACCGGUAGUGAAAUAGUAAAACAUCGGUGGAUGCAUACACGUGAAUAUAAUGGAUUAUCCAGAACAUGCGGAAGUUUUAAAAGAUACAAGCAGGUGUGCUCAUCUUCGAGCUAAAUUAAAAUUGUGUCUACUUGAAACGGAUUGUUGCAAAAAAGAAAAAAUCACACCAAGAGAAUGCCUUCAGAGUAGACAUCCAAGUGUGCCAGAUGAAUGUUAUGCGUUUUGGCAUACAUUAUUCGAUUGCAAGCAUUCUAUGGUGGACGGAAGAAGAAGAUUUCGAGGAAUAAAGGGUUCAUAAGUAAACGUUUUUACUUGUACCACUUUUUUGUGAUACGUGAAACGGUGGUAUAUAAUUAUAUUUUCUUGUAAUAUAAUAAUUUGUUCCUUGUAUAUAUAAUUUAAAAUACGUGCGUAUAUAUAUAUAUAUAGAUUUAAUAGAAAGAUAUCAGAAUAAUGAAACAUUAAAUAUUACAAAUAGUAAGUAUGGACAAAAAAAAUUUUAAUAAUACACAACGAAGCAGGAAUAAAUGCGAAAUCAUUAUUUUUUGGAAUAAUGUUAGAAGUAAAUUUAUUGUUAGCAUCCUCCAUCGUAUUCGUUGUACAUGAUAUAUAAUAAAAUUUUGUUUGUCGUCGAGAUUUAUCGCAUAUAAGAGGUUCCAACGUGCUGCCGAGUAAGAUUUCUAUUUCGUUCAUACAAAGCAUCACACACAUUUCUUGUUGUUGUUGUUGUUGUUGUUAUUUGGUAUAAGAAAACAAAGAUCAAAAGAAGAGACAAGUUUUUAAAAAAAAGUUCGUAUAUAUAUAUAAGUGUUGUAUCGAAUUAAAAUUAUUCUUUCUCGUAAAUCCUGAAAAAAAUCUGAAUGGCGGUGUUUAUCGUCAAUGAAAUCGUGCAGGCAAGAAGAUACGAAUUUUUUUUUUCUUUUUUCUUUUCUUCAUUAUUAUUAUUAUUAUUAUUAUUACAAUUUUUAUUUCGCGUUUAACUAAAAAUCAACACGAUUCACGAAUUACUUAUAAGCAUUCAUUAUCUUGAAUUCGAGGUGUGAAGAAUUUGUAUUGAUGAACGAUACACCCACAACGCUUGUGAUCACAGUAAAAGUCGAAUGUUAAACCUUAAAAAGUUAAGGGCUUGUUCUUGUUCCGCUUGUUUUAUAUGCACUUUUAUCCGUUUAUUUAUAUAAUUUUCGUUAGCCCUCCUCUCUUAAUUAAACCCCCUCCCUCCCUACCCACCCCCCACCCCCUUAAAUCAGAGCCUUAAUAAAAAUCUAAUUAUAAGAUAAUGUUUGACGAACCGCGCCUGCGCAACCCGUCCUAGCUAUUGUCUGUAUGCAACAAGCGUAUAUUGACUAUACGUUUUUUAUUUUUAUUUAUUCUUUUAUUAUUAUUAUUAUUAUUAUUAUUAUCUUUGUACUACAAUGCUGACUUAGGACUACUCUUUUUUUAUUUUUUUUCUCUCUCUCUUGUCUAAAAAGACUACGUAUUUAGGUACGCUCUAAAAAAAGUUUUAUUUUAUUUUAUUUUUUUUUUCUCCUUUAAAAGCUUCCCGGUCUCGUUUUUGAUUUCUUAUUUCUCUGUUUUUUUUUUUUCUCAUUACGAUAAGAGACGGGAAUUGAUUCGAAAGUUCGAGGAAUUGAAAAUUUCGCUGUUAUUACGAAUCGGCUUUAAUAUAAUGGUGCCAUUUGCAUGGCAUUUUGUCGAUCGUAAUUUGCGUUUACGCGAGUAUCGGUAAUUCCUUUCUUUUUUUUGUUUCCUUUUUUUUUGUAAAGUACAAUUUAAUGUAUAAAGUCGAAAUAUGAAUAUAAUUAAUUAAAGAUUGGCGUUAUCCUAAAAAUGCUGUUCUCAAUUAUAAUUAUCUAAAUUCCGUUUAGAGCUUCUAAGUGAAGUCCUAGUGCACGUCUAGUGUCAUGUUUAGCGCAUUCCAAGAUUCAUUUCAAAAGAAGACCAUUUUUACCCUCUCCCCAACCCCCUCCCAUGUAUUCGCAAUCGUUUUGUGAUAUAUCCCGUUGCCCGUUCGAGUAUCACAGUUUAUCGAGUAUGAUAUGUUAAUAUUAGCGUUAAAUCGAUAGUAAUAAAAGUGGUUAUUUUU